CUACGUACUGUACAGAGUGUUAUUUAGCGGUGCACUGAAUGUUGCGUCAGAUGCGAUACUCCUCCGCUCACGUCUAUGAAGUAUUCUGCAACUUUGAAAAUGUCUUAAAGCAAGCUGACAGAUGACUAAAGCCUGUCUCAAGGUAGAAUUUAGGCGUAAUAUAAUUACUAGAGUACACUCAGCAUCUUCAUUUUCCUCAACUCGACCAUUAUGUUGUCCUGGAAGAAGAGCAAGUUCGAGCUGAUUGAGGAAGACAAGCAGCAGUCCAAGCAGAAGGGCUAUGCCGUGAGCCUCAACUACUCCGCGCUCACCUCCUUCGCCAAAUCCUGCCCAGAAAACGCACUCAACAGAGUCGGGAGCAUGUUCAAAUCCAAGAGGAAAAAGGUGAAAAUCACCAGCGAGGACCCUACGUAUACGGUCUUAUACCUGGGGAACGCCACCACCAUCCAGUCCAAGGGGGACGGAUGCACGGACGUGGCCGUUAGUAAGAUCUGGGGCAAGAGCGAGAUGGGCAAGAACGGGACCAAGAUGAAGUUGACCAUUAGCUCGCAGGGCAUCCGCAUGGUCCACGUCGACGAGAAGGCGAAGAGACCAGGACAUCUGUAUUUAUUGCACAGGAUCACCUACUGUGUCGCAGACCCGCGGCUCCCCAAGAUCUUCGCCUGGAUCUACCGGCACGAGAUGAAGCACAAGGCGGUGAUGCUGCGCUGUCACGCCGUGCUGGUGUCCAAACCGGAGAAGGCGAAGGCCAUGGCGCUGCUCCUCUACCAGACCUCCGCGACAGCACUGGCCGAGUUUAAAAGACUCAAAAGAAGGGACGAUGCCAGGCACCAGCAACAGCAGUUGGUCGGGGAGCAAACGAUUCCCCUGGUGCCCUUGAGGAAGCUGCUAAACGGACAGUGUUACUACAAACCCCCGGUGGAGCGCAGCAGGAGCGCACCCAAGCUAGGCGCCAUCACGGAGGACCUGAUCGGGGAGGAGGAGGAGGAGAAAGCCAUGCACUUUGAGUGCGAGGAUAUUCUGGACAACGACAGCGACUGUGUGGCCGACGGCAAACAAGAACUGUGCCAGAUUAUCAAUGACUUGGGCUCGAUGAGUAUAGGGAACGACGUGCAGACGCUAAAAGCCGAUUUGAGGGUGACUCGCCUGCUGUCCGGAGAAAGCACGGGCAGCGAGUCCUCCAUAGAUGGCAACCAAGAGACUAUUUCUCUUCCCAAUGGCAUUGUGGAUGGGAAAAUACAAGAAGUCAGCUGAUCGUCCUCGAAGAUCUAAAGACAAUCUAGUGAGCAAUGACAUGCGAUGCUUCAUGGUAAAGAUGAUGAUGAAGAGCGUUUGGGUGCU